AUGUGCUUCUGGAUUCAGUUUGCUAGUAUUUUGUUGAUGGUUACAUUUGUUCUUGGAAAUUUUGCUAAUGGCUUCAUAGCAUUGGUAAAUUCCAUUGAAUGGGUCAACAGACAAAAGAUCUCCUCUGCUGACCAAAUUCUCACUGCUCUGGCAGUCUCCAGAGUUGGUUUGCACUGGGUAAUAUUAUUGCUUUGGUAUGCAACUGUUCUGAAUCCAGAUUCAUACAGUUUAGCAGUAAGAAUUACUACUACUAAUGCCUGGGCAGUAACCAACCAUUUCAGCAUCUGGGUUGCUACUAGCCUCAGCAUAUUUUAUUUGCUCAAGAUUGCCAAUUUCUCCAACUUUAUUUUUCUUCACCUAAAAAGGAGAAUUAAGAGUGUCGUUCCAGUGACACUACUCGGGUCUUUGUUAUUUUUGGUUUGUCAUCUUGUUGUGGUAAACAUGGAUGGGAGUAUGUGGACAAAAGAAUAUGAUGGCAACGUGAGUUGGGAGAUCAAAUUGAGUGAUUCAACGCACCUUUCAGAUAUGACUGUAACCACGCUUGCAAACUUAAUACCCUUUAUUCUGUCCCUGAUAUCUUUUCUGCUGUUAAUUUGUUCUUUGAAUAAACGUCUCAAGAAGAUGCAGCUGUAUGGCAAAGCUCCAGAUCCCAACACCAAGGUCCACAUAAAAGCUUUGCAAACUGUGAUCUCCUUCCUCUUGUUACUUGCUAUU